AUGAACUUGGCUGUUGCAGUAGCAGCAGUAGAAAAAAAACGUGAAAUAGACAGUAGCAACAGUAGCAGUGACAGCAGCAGUAGCAGCAGAAGCAGGAGCAGCAGAAGCAGAAGUAGAUGCAGUAGAAGAAAUAGCAGGAGCAGUAGUACCAAUAGCAGCAGUAGCAAUAGUAGAAGAAGCAGCAGUAGGAUAAGCAGUAGUAGCAGUAGCAGAAGCAGCAGUAGUAGUAGCAGCAGCAGCAACUUAGAGGAUAUAAGUGAGGAAGAGCUAGGCUUUGUAGAUGAAGUAGAAACACAAAUGAGAGACGACAGUCAAACAAUUGCACCUAAGAAGAAAAGAACAAAUAAACAAAGAAUAAUAGAAACGAGUUCUUCUUCAGAGAGCGAUUCUUUGGACUCUUCAUCCGAAGAGAGCAGCUCUUCAAGCUCUUCAACCUUGUCAAGCUUGUCGUCGGUCAGUGUGGCAGUCGCAGAGAAGAGAAAACGAACUUGGACCAAGUUCAGAGGCAAGAGUGGAAGUUCAUCGGACAGCGACAGCGACGAUUCGAUAGUAAAUACAAGGUUGAAAAGGAAAAAGAACACGUCAAAGGUCAAAGAUGAUAAGAAAAAGAAUAGUGUUAUAAAUGAAAAGAAACAGAAAAGUGAAACAAGUGUAGAUAGUAAACAGACAAAGAAAAGACAAAUUGAUGAAAAACAUAGUGAAAAUGAAAACUGUAAAACAAGCAAAAAGAGUAAGCACGACGAAGAGAAGGAGAAUACACAGAAUAGUCUGACUAGUGAAAGUGUUAAUGAAAAGAAGAAGCAAAGUGAAACAAGUGAAAAGAAAAAGAAUGGUGAGACAAGUGAAACCAAUGAAGAAAGUACAAAGGUAAAGAAAAGAGAAAUAAGGGAAAAAGAAAGUGCAAAUAAAAAGUCUGAAACACUCAAAGGGAGAAAGAAUGACGAAGUUAGCGAACUGAAACAGAACAGUCAAACAAAAGAAAAUAGUGGUGGAAAGAAACAUAGUGACAUAAGUGAAAAGGAAAUGAAUGGUGAAGGAAAUGAAAAGAAAAGUCAAACACAAGGAAAAGGUAGUGAACAGAAGAAUAGUGGGAAAAAUAAACAGGGACAGAGAAGUAAAACAAAAGAUACCAAAAGUGACAAGAAAGAAUAUAAUCAGACUUGUGAAAAGCAAACUGAAAAUACCAAGGAAAGAGAAAUUAGUGAGAAACCAAGUGAAAAGAAAAAUGGUGAAUCCAGCGAAGGAGAAAGUGAAAGAAUGAACAUAAAUGAGACUAGAGAAAAGGAAAGUAAUAGUGAAAAAAGUGAAAACAAAUUAGAGGGUCAAACAAAUGAAAAUAAAAAUAGAGAAGUCAGUGAAAAGAAAAAUGGUGAAUCUAGUGAAAAAGAAAGUGAGAAGAGAAAUCAAACCAGUGUAGUAGAAAGUGAAAAGAAAAUUUGUGAAGGAAGUGAAAAGGUGAAUAAUAGUGGAAAAAGUGAAACGAAGGGGAUAAGUGAUAAAGAAUGUAAACACAAAAUGAAUAGUGAAACAAGUAAGGGAGAAAUUGUUCAGAAAAGGCUUAAUGAAGGAGAAACUGAAAAAGAGAAGGUCAUAGAAAAUGAAGGAGCAGUUAAUGAUAUAGAAAUAGAAGAGAAUGAAUCCACGGAUUUUGAAAUGAUACCUUUACUCGAAGAGACGCAGCAAGAAAUGAUUAUUUUAAAUGUUGGAGGGCAGAAGUUUGAAACUUCAAGAUUGACUUUAUCCAAAGAUCCAAACUGUCUACUGGCGAAAAUUGUAGGGAAAAAUUGGAUGACCCCUAGGUACGGAAAUCAGUAUUUUAUAGACCGAGAUCCUGCUCACUUCAGGCUUGUUCUAAACUUUAUUAGAAAUGGUUCUUGCGAUCUACGCACUUUACUACAUGAUCUCAGGUACUUAUAUGAACUGUAUUAUGAAGCGUAUUACUAUCAUCUGCCAGAGUUGGUAGAUGCCGUCAUUGGAAAAAUUGAACAGUGCAGUGUGUUUAGUGCGAGUGUAGUACCUUUAAGUAAGCAAAGACGUUAAAAAUGCAGUUAUUCACAGGAGUGUUAGACUUUUGAAAAGUGCAGUGGAAAUGAAAUAAAUUGUUGGCAUUAUUGACCCUAAAAAGUUGACUAUAUAGUGAGUGUUAUUGAAAUAUUCUGUGCUUUCUUAUGUACUUUUGCGCAUUAUCAUUGUAUAUUAAUUCUUGUAUGUAGUAUUACACUUGAACAGUUUUUCAUUAGAGUGUGAGGAACAUUUUAACUGUAUCAGUAUGAUUGUUUUAAUGUCUACCUACAGUAUCAUUUAGACUCAGAAAUGCAGCUUAAGGUGAUGUGUUACUGAUUAAGAUUCCUAUAUGUUACCUGAUUACCAAUAAUGUUUAAUGUAGGUUCUGCCAUAUGUUUUGGAUUACUUUAACAUGUCACACAUGAUUUGAUUGUUGAACAUUUCUAAAGAUUAAAGUUCUCAUAUACUUCUAUUGUAAUGUUGUAUUGCUAUUUUUGUUCUUUUAAUAUAGUGUACAGUAUUGAACUCAGUUUGACUAUGAAUGAUGUUUAAUGUGUUCAAAUUUAUCUAUUUAAUGUGUUCGAAUUUAUUUAUCUUGAGCUGUGUUUAUUGUUAAAAAAAUAAAUC